AUGAGUAGAUUCAGCUUGAAAUUUUAAUUGUCAGAAACUAAUAGUGGGACUUUGUACCAGAUGGAAGAAGAAUCAGAUCAAAGAAAGGAAACUUUUUAUGCUUAUGAUUUCUCAUCAGAAUUUAAAGAUUAAGUGCUUAAAGAUGAGGAAAGCUUACUAAUUAAUUGCAAUUCUGUUAGACAUUUCGUUGAGUAAAUUAUGCAUCAAAAUAAAAAAUAUUAUCUGUUUAAAUUUCUAGAAGGGCAAACAUUAGAUAAAGAAAUAUAAAGUUUUAGAGGAAAAAAAUAAUCUAUUAAGCUAGAUACAAUCAAACUUUAUUUAACAUAAAUUCUUGAAACAUUAUAUUAGCUUCAUUAAAAAUAAAUCUUAGGUAGAGUAUUUUCCACUAAAAAUAUUAUGGUAUGUGAUGGUUAAAUUGUAUUCAUGGAUUUUGGAUUUGGUCCAAAAUUUCUAACAGCAAAUUUAGAUCUAAUUGCCCCACCUGAAAUUAUUGAGAAAUUUGUAGAAAAUUAACCAAUUGAAUCCAAUUACGAUAUCAAAGUUGAUUCUUGGCUAUUGGGAGCAGUACUAUUUCAUUUAGCUAAAUUGAGACCUAUAUCACAUAUAGUAGAGGAAAAUAGAGUCAAAAUCAUGGUUUUGAAUGAUAUCAAGGAAUACUCGGAAUAUUUAAAAAUUUAGAUGCAGGGUUAGGGUUAGGGUUGGAUAAAUGCAAAAACUGAUAGAUAUCCUGAAGAGUUCUGCCAAUUUAUUCAAGGACUUUUAACCUACAAACCUUAGGAUAGAUUCUCUUUUAAAUAAAUUUAUGAAAAUAGCUUUAUUAAAAGCUUGAACCUUGCUAAAUAAUAGGAAUACCUUACAUUUUAUACAAAUCUCCAAAGCGACUGGGUGAAUUAAUAAAUAGGAUCUCUCUCAAAUAGCUAUGUAGAAACGAAAGACCUAUAAAAACAAUAAUCUCAUAUAGCAACAUAAAGAACUAGACAAGUAACCCCACCUAAUUCUACAACACCAGAACAUUCAAUCCAGAUUCCAUAUUUAGAGCUCAAAAGCAAUUUAGCAAGUUAAUCAAUUCAAAUUCCAGGAACUACUUCUAGAGAUAAAUGGCCACCUGAAAUAAUUAAAUCAGAAUACAUCGAAAAUUCUUUUAUAUAUCAAAUAUAAGAUCUUAAUCAAUCUAAAUUUUACGAAAUCUGGUCUAACAUAAGAAUGGAAUUAUUUAGAUCCACUUUUUUAGAGAAAUGUGCUGAUGAAUUUGUAGUUGAAUUGGGAAAAAAAAAAAAAUAUAAAUUAGAGCAUCUUUUAGCUUAUUUCUUAAGAAAAAUGGCCUACCUAGUUUUAGUUGAAUUAUAAAAUAAACUAAAGGAAGAUGUCUGUCCUUGGAGAUGCACUAAUGAAUCUUUACAGAAAUGGAAGGAUUUCUAAAGCGAGAGUUAAGUAAUGAUUUUAAAAAACUCAAUUGCACAAAAAAUUAAAGAUUUGGCACCUAAUCUAAAUAAAUAAUUUUAUGAUUAAUGUCAAAAAUUUAAAAAUGAAGAAAAUAUUGAUGAAGAAAUACGAAAACAACUAUAAGAAGAUAAUAGUUGUUUUCAAAGUUAUAUCGAUGAAAACUCAUAUCUAUAUAAAUGUUGUUCUGACGAAUUCUUAAGAAAUGGAUUUAGAAAGUUGUUAUAACUGACACUCAAAUUUUUAUAAACAGAAUAGAAAUUUGGUUUGUAGCCUUAAAUAAAUUAUAAUACUUUAUUGUUAAAAAUUCUUCUAUGCCAUUUGAUCAAUCGAAUUUUUAAUUUCAGUAUUGCUUAAAUCACUUUUAAGGAGCUUUUGAAAAACAGGGUAAGUGAUACUAUGAUAUCUCCAAAUGAAAUAUACGCAUAUAUUUGUCGGGAUGAUGAACAUGGAAAAGAAGAGGAUAUUAGAUAUAUCUCCAAUUAAAGUUUUACAGAAAAAUGA